UUGCAGAAUAUUGACAUAGCAACCAGGCGACAGAUCCACCAGUUUGUUUCACUCCAUAUUAGUUUUUGCUGUCUCUUCUGCUGCUUGUUGAAGCUUCUUAGCUUUACUUUGGACUGCAGCCAUGAACGGAACAGUGGUGAAGAAGACCCAGGACACGCUGGGCAGAGUGAUCAAAAAACCACAUCUCACGGAGAAGCUGCUCAGCAAGCCGCCGUUCAGAUACCUGCACGACAUCUUCAGUGAGGUCAUCAGGACCACUGGUUUUAUGAAAGGCCUGUAUGGAGAAAAUGAAAUGAAGCCAGAUAAUGUAAAGGAUAAGGACUCUAAGAUAGUGUUCCUCCAGAAAGCGAUAGAUGUCGUCAUGCUGGUGAGUGGCGAGCCCCUGGCGGCAAAGCCAGCACGCAUUGUGGCCGGCCAUGAGCCUGAGAAAACCAAUGAGCUGCUGCAGGCCAUGGCCAAGUGCUGCAUCAACAAGAUGUCUAGUGACGAUGCAGUGAAGCGAGUGCUUGCAGGGGAAAAGGUGGACAUAAAGACCAAGGCCAGCACCUCCAGGUCCCAGGACAAGGAAAAUAGGGAGGGACGUGAACGUCAACUGGAUAGAGAGGAGAAGAAAAAGAUUACGGAGCGCAGCGGGAGCCGGGACCAGAAGGACCCAGACCAGCCCAAAGAACAGGAGAGCCAACGCAGAGAUGAGGAGAAAGAACACCACCGUGGUGACAGGGAGCGAUCUGACAAGCACCAGCGCAGUGAACAGGACCACCAUGCCAAAGACAAGAGCCGCGACCGGGAGCGAGACAAGGAUAAAGACAAAGGACGAGUCAAAGACAGGGACAAGGAGAAGGACCGAGAGAGGGACCGAGAAAGGGAAAAAGACAAGGAGAGAGACAAAGGCCGAGAAAAAAGAAGAGAUAGGGAUUCUCGCGGAGACCGGGAAAAAGACAAGGACAAACGAAGAGACAGAGACAAAGAGUGGGAGGAGAGACACAAAAGUGCAGAGAGUGGUGAUAGCAAGGCCAGAGUAUCAGAGGAACCACAGCAAAAACCCAGCCCUGAGCCCAGCAAAACAGCCAAACCUGUGCCAGCGCCUGCAGAAGCAGUUGAGAACCAGUCUGACAGUCCAGCUAGAAUACCUCGGCCUUCAUCUGCUAAAGGGCAGAGGCGGAGACCCAAAAUUGGAGGUCAAGAUGAAUCUGACAGUGAGGGAGACGGAGAUGUUAUGUUAGCCCAGAGACUUGCCCUUCAAGAAAACGGAGACACUGCAGGCUCCUCAGUGCCAUCCGACAUGACCUCCAGCAACAGACGAAUACCACGGCCCAGCAGUGCUCGUCCAGCACCUCCCCGAGUCAAGAAACAGGAAAGUUACUCUGAUGUGACCCCAGCUGAGAGGCUGUCCAGUGCCAAGCCCUCUGCACCUGUCAUCAUGGAUGGCAAGAGGCUGUCUGAGGACGAGGACGAUGCAGAUGAGCAAUUUCUCGUGGAGGAGGCGGUCCUUCCGCCUUCAGACGCUCCUGAGAUGGAGGUGGGGCCUGCACAAGAACUCGACAGUGGAGACAAACACGGUACACAUGGUGGCCUUGUGAAAAAGAUCCUUGAGACCAAGAAAGACUAUGAAUUGUCCCCAUCCUCCUCCAAAUCUAAAGAACAGAACGUGGUGUCUGAAGCGGCACGGAAGAAAGAGCAGGACAUGGUGACGCGGGAGAUCGAGCGGCUCCGCUCAUCCAUCCAGACGGUGUGCCGCAGCACCCUGCCUUUGGGUAAGAUCAUGGACUACAUACAGGAAGACAUGGACGCCAUGCAAGCUGAACUACAAACCUGGCGGCGGGAGAACAAAGAGCACGCACAGGCCUUGCUGCAGGAGCAGAGAGCGACAGACAGGGCGGUGGAACCUCUAAAGUCAGAACUAGUUGAACUAGAACAGCUGAUCAAGGACCAGCAGGACAAGAUUUGUGCUGUAAGGUCCAACAUACUGAAGAAUGAAGAGAAGAUCCAGAAGAUGGUGACUGGAAUCAACUUCUCCUCCCGAACCUGAAGUCAAGAAACAAGGUCUGCAAAGAAAAACGUUCCUAAAAAAAUGCACUGAAGAUUUAAAGAUGUACAGUGUCUCGUCCAGGAUAAUGCUAAGACAAUUAUCUUGGAGAACACUGCACUUUUAGGGGUUUUGUCGGAAAAGGAGAUGGACCCAAACAUAUUGGACACCAUCAGUCACACGUUGGUUAAUAAUAGGGAUGCACCGAUCCGACUUUUUCAGUCCCGAUACCUAGGCUUUGGGUAUAUAAUGUAUAUAGUAUAUAAACAUAAAAUUGAGUUAUAUAGAUUGGCCCCAUUGUUACCGAUUGGCCCAAUAUCCGAACCGGUAUUGGUGCAUCCCUAGUAAAUAAAAGCUCCACGUGAUGGCUCGAAAGUCUGACUCUAUUCUAACAUAUGCUGUGACUGAUAAAUACAUUAAUGAAUAAAAAAAUAUCUUCCUGCUCUGCACACUAACCUUGCCCCAACGUUUACCACUUUUCUAUAAUGGUGCCUUUGUGGAAUGAGCCUGUGCACAGUUAAUGACUCGGAAGUUAGACUAAAUAGUUGUAUUUAAUGCUGGGUGAGUUCAUCAAAAGCCCUAUAUAUUCAAAAAUAUACAAUAAGUAACGUAAAAGUUUGAUUUGCUGUAUACUCAGCAAUCACUGGACCAAAUUGUAAAGCCUAUAUUCUUGUUUUUUAGAGUGUGGCACAUUUUGGUUAGGAUUGUUUCAUUGCCUCACUUCUUAUUUUUCCUGGCUGUGAGGACUUUUUGCUUAGCCACUGCGGUACACUUGGAUUGAAGUAGUAAGCAAGCUUGUGAUCUGGUUCAUUUGCUGUUUUCACAAUGGUUGUUACAUCUGCUAUAGUGCUAGUGUCUAAUCGAUAGAGUGCUCCAGGGAUGAUGUAUUUCUGUAGGCCAUCUAGGAAGCUAGCAUCGCCCUGGUUCCCUCGACAAAAAGCCAAUGGGACUUGUCCAUUGGGUUUUGGAUUAUUACAGAAAAUCAGCUCUGUGGCAAACAUACGUUGAUGAUACUUACACGUUUUGUUCAGCAAGAUAAUCUUCACAAAUGAACACCACUUUUAUGAUUUUUAAAGCGUAAAUGCAAUCGCCAGAAGUAAAAAGCUAACGUUAGGCUAUAAAUGAACUACACCGCGGUCGUAUGAGUGUGAGUAUAUACAACAAGUUGGCGUGAUGACGUUCAGUAGUCUCAUUUAGCCACAUGUUAGCAACUGCCUUUUUAAGACACACAAAGGCUUCAAAAUUCAUGAGUGGGGUAUUUAUUGAUGUAUUUUAUCGCGUAGAACUAACGUUAAAAUCUCUUAAACGUGUGUUAACCCCAGACUUUAUUUCAGGCAUCUAACUAAAAACCCAUUCAAAAAAAACCAUUGACUUCCAGAUGAGGGAACCGGAAGUGCUAAAAUGCUAACUCAUUUCCGGGUAUUAGGACUCAUUUCUUUAGCACUUUAUUGAAAUGUGUGUUAUAUAAUUGUGGUGUCCUAGUUUGAAUUUGUCCUGGGACCUUUCACAGAUCACACUGGUCUUCUUUCUUUCCCACUUUGAAGUCUCCUCUCUCAAGCUACCCUUCCUAAAAAAGAAAGAAAAGAUGCUUUUGAGCAACCAUUUCCUGUGCUUACAACAACCUUAUCCUCUCUUGUAAAAAAAAAACAAUACUCACAGUUUAUCUAUAUGUUAUUUCACUGUUCCACAGCACCGCUGCACUUUUAUAGAGUGACUAGUAGAGGUGUAACUUCAAGUUGCUUUCGCAGCAAAGCAGUGUUACAAUUCUUUCUUCUAUCUCUUUUACUGAUCUUAUAAAACACAACAUAGACACACUCAUUUAACGUGCUGUCAGGGAAAAGUAAGCGUAUAUCCCUUCACCCCGCCAUCGUAAGAGGUCCCUCCACUCUAUUUCUACUGUAGGAUUUGCCAAACUGUUUCUUUUUUGGGAUGGAGACAAUGUUUGGUCAGAUGGCAACUUUUAGUGGGAACUUUCAAUUCUUUAUAAAUUAAAAAAAAUAAUAAUACGACAAUAUUUGACUAGCUCCUUUUGUGACUUUAAGAAAUGUGCUUCACAGAUGUAGCUUAUAUUAAAAUAUGAAGCAAUAAUUGCAGUAGGAGAUUGAAUAGUAAAGACAUGUGACUGAAAGACACCACUGUCCCAGUUUUCCUUAAAAUUACAACAAUGCCAUCUCGCUGUAGUCCAUGUGUUAGUGAAAUACAAAAUAACAAAACUGAAACCAGACUAGUCAGCCACCAUUCCUUGCAUAGUGGCCCAUCUCACCAUGAAUGAAAAUGCAGAUACCAUAUUAAAGUAAUGUCAUUUUAGAUGCUGUUAUUACUUGCACAAGUGCAGUUGCUACCUCUGUUAGUUCUACUGCAGAUAUAGACUGCCAGUGUUUACACAAAAUUAUUAAAAAAACAAUUGGUUGUAUUGAUGAAUGUAAUCUACGGAGACCCCCUAGGAGAACAUUUUUAUUAAGUCGUGCCCUCAAGUUAGUAACUAGUUCCCUCGAGUUAGUAUCUUGUUCCCUCGAGUUAGGUAACUUGAGGGAACGAGUUACUUUAUAGAGUACUUCUUCCAAUCAUUCCUGACAGUCCACGCAUUGCUAAUGUACGGAGCGCCCCUAGAUGAUGUACUUCGGUAAAGUUGGGAACGAGUUACUCACUUGAAGGAACGAGUGACUUAACUCGAGGGAACGAGUUACUAACUUGAGGGAACGAGUUACUAACUUGCGGGAAUAAGAUACCUCGCUUGACGGAACGAGUUACUAACUUGAGGGAACGAGAUACCUAACUUGAGGGAACGAGUUACUAACUUGAGGGAACGAGAUACCUAACUUGAGGGAACGAGUUACUAACUUGAGGGAACGAGAUACUUAACUGGAGGGAACGAGUUACUAACUGGAGGGAACAAGUUACUAACUCAAGGGCACGACUUAAUACACAUUUUCUCCUAGGGUCUAUGGGGGCUCUGUAGUAAUCCAUUAUUUAAAUAAUGUUUUGUUUUUUUAUAUAAUUCCCAGUUGUAUCAAAACUAGUUUUUCCAAAUGUGAAUGUGAUAACCAUACGUACUGUAGCUAGAUUUUCUGCGCAGACUUCCAAAACGUCUGCCCAAACACGGGAUUCCACUUCCACUGCCUCAUCAGACCAAUGGGUAACCAAUAGGAUAGGUGGCACAACAUCUCAGUACAGCUAGAAACGGUUAAAGCUAGGGUUGGUAAUCUUCUUCAAAAACAUUGUUUGUUAUAUUUGUUGAAAUUCUCAUUACAUCCCGACAGCAAUUUUUAAAUCAAAUGCUCUGACAAAAAAAGGGAAAAUCUGUUAUCUUGUCCCAUCCCGUCCAAUCAUUUACUAACAAGUAAAGUACUAACAAUAGCCAUGUUUGUUGUUUAUGUUCAUAAUGAUGAUUUACUGGGAGUGGCUUUGGAGGGAAGCCUGAAGGGACUCGCUGUCAGUGUCGCCGACUUGACGACUUUCUCGUUAGAUUUAGCCACUUUUGGAGCUAGUGAUGCUAGCUACUUCCAUUGGAAAAGAGUUGGCAACACUGGGCUGGGUUUUUCGGUUGGAUCAUUUUGAAAAUCUAGCGUUGUCUUGCUGGUUUCUUAAGAUUACCUACCCUAGCGUUAAUCUAGUAGAACAGACGGCAAGAAAUCGUGAGUGGGAAGAAAUGUUCAUGGGCAUCAACAGCUACAGGGGAAAAAAAUUACACUUUUAAAAAGUGCAUUGCUUAAGUGGGAAAUAUCAAUAUUAAUGCUAUUCAUUUGACUGAGAGCUCUUCACUCUGAGGAUUCAACAGUUAACAUGUACUCUCAUUUAGUCUGAUUUUACUCCAUUUGCAUAUCAGUAUUAUAUUUAGUCCAUCAAAUAUACUGUAACCUAUUGAAAAGUCAAAUUUAAAACUCGUACAAACAAAACUCGUGGAAAAGAGGGAACCUGCAUGUUCAUAUGUCUUAUAUGAAAGGACAAUGCACAUUGUAAACUACUUGUAUCAUAUCCUGUGUCUCUCUUUAAACUGUACAUUAUGUAUAUGUGGAGAUUGUAUCAUAGUUCAAAUAAUUAUAUAAUUUUGUAGUGGAGUGAAAUAAAUGGUUACAUUGUAAUAAA